AUGCUGAAUGCCAAGGCUGUAUACCCGGCGUCAACACCGAAGUACGCCGACUUUGCAAGUCGGAGAAGCACUGUUCAUAGCACGAAUGGUAUAGUAGCUUGCACUCAACCCCUGGCUGCUGCUGCCGGCCUGAGAAUUUUGAGCGAAGGGGGAAAUGCAGCGGAUGCUGCCGUGGCAGUUGCCGCGGCUCUCAAUGUCACUGAACCAAGCUCAACAGGUAUUGGAGGCGAUAUGUUCUGCCUUUACUACAAUGCCUCAACCAAGAAGAUUCAUGCUAUGAACGGUUCAGGCCGAUAUGCUGCCAAUGCCACGUUGGAGAAGGUUCGACAGGACCUUGGAAUCUCACCGGAGGAUGCGGGUGCUAUUCCAUUCGAAAGUGCUCUUGCAGCUACCACUCCCGGUGCUGCCGCAGGCUGGAUAGAUACGAUCGAAAAAUUCGGCAGUGGGAAGCUGUCAGUAGAGCAGAUCUUGACACCGGCCAUCGAACUUGCUGAGAAAGGGUUUCCCGUAUCCGAGUUUGCUUCACGCUUUUGGCACGAAGGCGAGAAGCUGCUUCGUAAUGCAUCUCCAAAUUUCAAUGAAAUGCUCAAGCACGAUCCAUCUGCACCAGAUGGCGUGAGGGCGCCGCAACCUGGAGAAAUUCUGAAAAAUCCAUCGUUGGGCCGAACAUUCAGAGCAUUAGCUGCCGAAGGAAAGAAAGGCUUCUAUGAGGGACGCAUUGCCGAAGAGACGGUGAAGGUGCUCAAAGAUCUUGGAGGAUACCUAACUCUGGACGAUCUGAAGCAUCAUGCAGACAGCGGAAGCCAAGAGGUAGACGCAAUAUCACUCAUAUUUAAAGGGCAAGGCGUAGGAAAGCAAGGUAUUGCUAGCGACGGAAGUGAAGGCGGUGUUGAGGUAUGGGAACACCCUCCUAAUGGUCAGGGCAUUGUAGCCUUGAUGGCUCUUGGCAUCCUCGAAGAACUAGAGCGCGUAGGCAAGAUCCCGCGGUUUUCGCCAGAACAGCAUAACUCGGCCGAAUACCUUCAUGCUGUGAUUGAAAGUCUACGGAUUGCCUUUGCCGAUGCCAGGUGGUGGGUAACCGAUCCCGAUGUCGUGAAAGUGCCUUCAAAGGAGUUGAUCUCUCGUCCUUAUUUGGCCGAACGGGCAAAACUGUUCGAUCCCAGCAAGGCGUCUGAUAUACUGAACCAUGGUAGCCCCGCCCACAAUCACUGUGAUACAGUGUAUUUUGCCGUCACAGAUAAGGAUGGAAAUGGAAUCUCCUUCAUAAAUAGCAAUUACGCCGGUUUCGGUACUGGUAUCAUCCCAGCUGGUUGUGGCUUCACCCUACAGAACCGAGGUUCCAACUUCUCGCUACAGGUGGGACAUCCAAAUGUCCUGGCUCCAAAUAAGCGCCCGUAUCACACCAUCAUCCCCGCUAUGAUCACCAAUUUGGACGGGUCCCUUCACUCCGUGUACGGAGUCAUGGGUGGCUUCAUGCAACCCCAAGGUCAUGUACAGGUGCUACUGAACAUGUUAGCCUUUGGUUAUAACCCCCAAUCGGCCUUGGAUUCCCCGCGCAUCUGCAUAGGUGCGGGGGCUCCCGAAGACGGCAAAGUAUUGGAUCGCACGGUGUAUGUUGAAGAAGGUAUCAGUGAUGAAACCGUGGAGGGCCUUCGAAAGCUUGGACACCUGGUUGAAGUAUUGACUGGACAUCGGCGGGGCAUGUUUGGACGCGGCCAAUUGAUAAGGGUUCAUUAUGAUGAUGGCCAGUUGAUCUAUAGUGCCGGAAGCGAUCCAAGGGGCGACGGCAUGGCUAUUCCGUUGUAG